AUGGACAGCUUCAACGUCUCGGAUAUGAGCACAGCGCUCAAAGAAAGCACGGGCAAUCAAUCCAGUAAUCCUACCGAAGCUUCCAACGCUGCCCGCGAGAAGGGAUGGACGACUCCCAAAGGCUACGAUUACGAAAAGUAUACGUCCACUCUUCCGCCACUCAAUCAGCCCCAGGGUGACAACCAGGAGGAGCUGCCUGAGUGGGCCGCUCAAGCUGCAAAAUAUGAAUGGAAGGAUGAAUUUGGGGAUGUUGGCCCACGGAACCCUGAGCUCGAGGAGAUGCUGUUCCGCAGCGAAUAUACUAACCGAACCGGCUUGAAGAUCGGAAAUAUCCAAAACAUCGAGGUCAUCGCGGAAAGUCGUGAGAGACCAAGUCCCAUCAAGAAUUUUGAUGAUGCCGGUCUUCAUCCUAUCAUGCGCGAGAAUAUUCGCUUGUGUAGAUACGAGUUCCCGACCCCAAUUCAAGCAUACUCAAUCCCCGCGGUCCUUACUGGCCAUGACCUAAUCUCCAUCGCUCAGACUGGAUCUGGAAAGACUGCCGCAUUUUUGAUCCCGGUUCUGUCCCAGCUGAUGGGAAAAGCUAAAAAGCUGGCAGCUCCACGUCCCAAUGUCGCAGCUGGCUACAACCCAAACGCCGAUUCUGUGCGGGCUGAACCACUGGUGCUCAUUGUUGCUCCUACCCGCGAAUUGUCAACCCAGAUUUUUGACGAAGCGCGACGUCUAUGUUACCGCUCCAUGCUCCGUCCUUGCGUUGUGUACGGUGGUGCGCCGGUUCGUGACCAGAGAGAGGAGUUGCAGCGUGGCUGCGAUAUCCUUAUUGCGACUCCUGGCAGGUUGCUGGAUUUCAUGGACAAGCCGCACAUUCUCUCUCUUCGUCGUGUCAAGUACACUAUCAUCGAUGAAGCGGACGAACUUCUGCAGUCUGACUGGGAGUCUGAUUUUGCUAAAAUCAUGUCUGGAGGAGGCAAGUGGUUUCCGAGAAUAUAA